AUGAGUAGUAGAUUUUAUUUUGGCGGGUCAGACUCUGGCUCUGAUGUUGACGAUGAUGCGCCUCUGCCAUUUCCAAAACCUCUAGAUCGCUCAGCCUUCCUUACGCCAGACUUUGAUGCGGCCACAUUCCUUUCGGGCUUGUCCAAUCGCUUUCAGACACUAGAAGACCUACAGACCGAACUUCGCGAGUUGAGCCAGACACUGAACAAAGAGCUGGUAGAUUUGGUGAAUGACAACUACCAGGACUUUCUCUCUUUGGGGUCUACACUAUCCGGCGGUGAAGAAAGGAUAGAAGAUAUCAGACUAGGUCUGCUUGGGUUUCAACGCGAGGUCAAGGCAAUCAGAGAUAAAGUCGACACGAGAAGAAACGAGGUGGCGGAUUUACUGAAGCAGAAGAAGGCUCUCAAGCAAGAUACAGGGAUCGCAAGGUCCUUUUUGGAGAUUGCAGAACGGUUGGAGCAGCUGGAAGAGAAACUGAAUAUCACCAGCAUCAGGUCCGCAAAUACAACGGAGAGCAAUGGCCACGGGAAUGCCAAUGAUGCAUGGAGCGAAGGCUGGACAGAGAGCAUGAAUUAUGACAGUGACGACGAUUAUGAAUCCGAUGACAAAAGCAUCCCACCACGGUUAAGAAGACGAGUGGAAGAGUUUCUGAUAUUAAAACAUCUUAUCAGUCGAUUCAGCCCACAUCACCCCUUCAUAUUGGCACAAGAUUCACGGACACGGAAAAUCCAAGAGAUUUUGUUGUCAGAUCUCGAGGCUGCGAUCAAACAAGAACCCCAAGUCAAAUUCAAGCAGCAAAUGUUGCAACUUCGAGGGGCUGUAGAGGGCUGAAGAAGAGCUUGUACAAACAAUGAUGCUAUAUCCUGGG